AUGGCCCGCAUCAACAUAUUAGAGGGUUUUCUGGUGAAGCGCGCGCACCAUUCUGUGCAGCGCAACACCGAUGCGGAGCUGCAGCGGUACACGCGGUUCUGGACCACCCUCAUGCUCUACGACCUCGUGCAGGAGGUUGAGCCGUCAGAGGUGGCCCAGAAGUUUGGCGUCAUGGCGGGGCGCGUGGAGGACCUCAAGGAGACGGCGAGCUGGUUCGCGCGCAUGGUGGCCCACUUUUGCGAGCGCCUGGGCGACACCUACCUGCAGCUGCACAUGCUGGCCGACGCGCUGGCCCAGCGCGUGCUGAAGGGCGUGAGGCAGGAGAUGCUGGCUCUGGUCGAGCUCAACGGCAUCAGGGCGGCGCGGGCGCGCCAGCUCUACCAGGCUGGCCUCAGGACGCCCGCAGAGGUCGCGCGGUCCUCCGUGCCCGCCAUCGCUGAGAUUCUGCGGCGUUCGGCGCGCCAGGGGUCCCGCACCGACGACAAGCACCUCAAUCACGCCGCACGCAUGAUCCUGGACAGCGCCCAGGCCCACACGCGCAAGGAGCUGGCGCGGAAGCUGCAGGAGGCGCAGGAGGAGGCGCAGCAGCUUGGAGACACCCAGACGCGGGCCGGGAUCGCGCGGCUGAUCGACGCCGCGGCGUCGGCCCGCGCCGCCGCGGCCUCGCAGGCUUCGUUAGGGGGCCUGGUCUCGCAGCAGCAGCGGUCGCAGCUGACGCAGCGGCAGCAGACCCAGCAGGCACAGCAGCAGCCGAGGGUGGUGCCGCCGCAGCCUCAUGCGUCGCUUGCGUACGGCGUGCCAGGCCCUCAGGGCGCGAUGGAAAGCAGAGCGGUGCCAAUGGGUCCGCCACCGCGGCAGCAGCCACGCCAGCAGCAGCAGCAGCAGCAGCAGCAGCAGCAGCAGCAGCAGCAGCAGCAGCAGCAGCAGCAGCACGGCCUGAGCGAUCCCAGUGGCGCAGCUAAGCGGCCUUUGAUUGAGACUGGCACCGCUGAGUCUGGGGACCAGGGGCACGUGGCAAAGCGCAUGAAUACAGGCUCUGCGCUCCUGAGACCACUGCCGCUGGUGCCGGCACCACAGCAGCAGCAGCAGCAGCAGCAGCCCAAUGUGUGGCAAACAGUCACCGGCUCAGGGCUGCCAGCGUCUUGCACAGGGCAGUCAGCGGCAUAUGCACGGGCAGAGCAGCAGCAGGAAGUAGGGCAGGGGCAGGGGCAGCAGCAGGAGGAGCGGCAACAGGGGCAGCUGCAGGAGCAGCCCCAGCAGCAGCCCAAGGAUCAGGGUGGGCGGCAGCAGCCCGCGCCGCAGGAGCCUUCACGGCCGCCGCGCCAGCGCCGCGGCAUCGACUUGGUGCAGGAUCAAGCGGGCCUCGACGGCCUGGCCUCCGCCCUGACCAGCGCGGGCCGCUUGGGCUGGGCGCUGCACCUCCACAGCGACCACCAGCAGCAGGAGGUUCACUCCCGACUGCCUGCCCAGGGCAGCGGCGGCCGCGCGGCAGGCGCGGCGGCGGCGGCGGCGACAGCAGCAGCAGCAGCUGCGGCGGCGGCCCCGGCCAGCUGGCCGUGGGAGGUGUACGGCGUUGCUUUCAGCUGCGGCGAUGGCGCGGCGUGGUACGUCCCGCUCUACAAGUGCGGCAGCACGCGGCGGCUGCUGGUGCUGUGGGAGGGCGUGAGGGCGCUGCUGGAGCGCCCGGGGCUGGUCAAGCCCGGGGACUACAGCUGGGAGUGCAAGUCCAGGGGCACCACUGGUCUGGACUCGACGACGGCGGCGCUGAGGAAGCUGCUCGCCAGCAAGGCGGAGGCAGGGGACGAGGCGGUGGAGGCCGCGACGGCCGGGCUGACCCACGGCAUGUCGCGCGAGGACGCCGCCAACACGCUGCGCGUCAGGCGCUACCCGGCCUCCGCGCGCGCCUGCAUGGCGCUGCGGCUGCACGCCGAGCUGGAGCCUCUGAUUGAGUCGGAGGGCCUGGGCCGCGCGAUGCGGUCCCUGGACAUGCCCCUGAUGCGCGUGCUGGCUGGCAUGGAGGCGGCUGGGGUGGCGCUGGACCUGGCAGUGCUGGGGGCGCAGAAGCUACCGCUGCUCAAGCAGCUGGGGCGAUUGAUGGCCCAGGCCGAGGCUCUGGUGGGCAAGUUCAAGUGGGAGUCCAAGACAGAGAUCUCAGAUCUGCUGUUCACCAAGCUGAAGCUGGCGCCGCCCCCCAACCCCGACAAGACCAA